CACGCGCCCACCUCUUGGCGGUCAGUUUGGCCUCUCUGCUGGUUUCACCGAGUGAGAGUCUUCAGAGGCCAGGUCGUCCCAGAGGAGGGGCCAGAGGAGUGGUCCCCGCUGCGCAAGGGAUAUGAAGUUUGAGGACGUGGCCAUUGCCUUCUCCCAGGAGGAGUGGGGGCUCCUUGAUGAGGCUCAGAGACUUCUGCACUGGGAUGUGAUGCUGGAGAUCUUUGCACUUGUAGCAUCUGUGGGUUGUUUGCAUAAAACAGAAGAUAAGGAAGCCCCUUCUGAGAAGAGUAUAUCUAUAGCUGGAGAAUCACAGGUCAGUUCUAAGACGGUUCCUGCACCCCGGAAGACCCAUCCCUGUGAGCACUGUGCCUCAGCCUUGACUGCUGUUUUACACCUGACAGAGUUCCAAGGAGCGUACUUUGAGCAGAAAGCAUUCUUCAGUGACAAGUGUGUGAGAGGCUUCUGUUUCAGUGCAAACCUUCACCAGCAACAGAGGCCUCCCAGUGCGGAGAAGCCCUGGAAGGGAGAUACGGACAGGGCCUCAUUUGUGACCAGGUGCAGAUACUAUGUACCAAGGUCACCUUUCACCCAUGGGGAGGUUGGGGAAGACCUCCCAGCCACCUCUGGCUUUCUCCAGCACCAGGCCACUCCUAACAGCAAAGAGCUACCCAGCGGUGGUGAGAGUGGGCAGGGCUUUCACAGUAGAAAAAGUCAUCCCCAGUUGGGUGAAUGUGAAAAAGCUGCCAGCCACAACCACAAAGUCAUUCACUGUCAGGGUGUCUGCUCUGGAGAAGGUCUUUAUGAGUGUAGCAAAUGUGGGAAAGCAUUUGGACAAAUCUUUAACCUCAUUCAACAUAGAAGAGUUCACACUGGAGAAAAGCCAUAUGAGUGCAGUGUUUGUGGAAAAUGCUUUAACCGCAACUUUUUCCUCCUUCGACAUCAGAGUGUUCACACUGGAGAAAAGCCGUAUGAGUGUAGUGAUUGUGGGAAGUCCUUCAGCCAAAGGUCUAACCUCAUUCAACAUCAGAGAGUGCACACUGGAGAAAGGCCGUAUGAGUGUACUAAUUGUGGAAAGUUUUUCAGCCAAAGCUCUACUCUCAUUCAACACCAGAAAAUUCAUACUGGAGAAAAACCGUAUGAGUGCAGUGAUUGUGGGAAAUCUUUUAGACUACGCUCUCACCUUAUUCAACACUGUCGAGUUCAUUCCGGUGAAAGGCCUUACGACUGUGGUGAAUGUGGGAAAUCUUUUAGCGAUACCUCUAGCCUCAGUAGACACCAGAGAAUUCAUACUGGAGAAAAGCCACAUGAAUGCAGUGAUUGUGGGAAGUUCUUCACCCAAAGAUCUGCCCUCAUUCAACACCAGAUAAUUCAUACUGGAGAAAAGCCGUAUGAGUGUAAUGAAUGUGGGAAAUCCUUUAGAAAACGCUGUGAGCUUAUUCAACACCGUCCAGUUCAUUCUGGGGAAAAACCUUAUGAGUGUGGUGAAUGUGGGAAAUUUUUUAGCAUUUACUCCAGCCUCUUCAGACACCAGAGAAUUCACACUGGAGAAAAGCCAUAUGAGUGCAGUGAGUGUGGGAAAUCCUUUGCACAACGCUCUUACCUUAUUCAACACUGUCGAGUACAUUCUGGAGAAAAGCCUUAUGAGUGUGGCAAAUGUGGGAAAUACUUUAGCUAUACCUCUAACCUCAUUCAACACCAGAGAGUUCAUAGUGGAGAAAAUCCUUAAAUGUGCUGGGAAUGGUUUAUUUUUUUCCACUUACUAUAAGAAGACUAGAGGAGAUAUUUGGAGACAAUUUACCUAAAUUUAAACCUCUCUUAAUGAAAUAUGUUCAUACACUGUUCUAGAUUCCUCUUAAUUUUCAGGUACAGGCAAGGCUCAAAGUAGCUUUGUUGCACUGUCUAACAUGCCUAGGGCUAUUACCGGAUGAUGUCAGUGCCAGUUUUUGUAUCUGAAGACAUUUCACUUCUACCACCUGGCUCACCUGCAUAUUGUGUGUCAAUCACAAACCCCAGCAUUCUCAGUCACAACCCAAGCAUUCUCCCUUUCACUUGAUAAAAUAAUGAAUACUCUAAUCUUGUGGUGAGAUCCUCAUUCUUUACUGUCUGAGUAGGGAGUGGCCCUGACGCAGUGUGGAUCC